UCUCCUCUAUUCUUGAAAAGAAACAUAAAUGAGAACUAGGGAAAUAUUAUAGUAUACAUUACGUAAAUGUAUUCCCGACUCUUGUCGAAUUUUUGCGAACGUGCAAAGAACGUGUUUUUAUAUCGUGCUUCAAACAGCAUUAGAUGUUCGAACAUUAAAACAUUAAGUCAUAUUGCGAAAAAUAAAAAUGAAGAAAAGCAAAAAGUAGAAAUUGUCUCCACGAAAUUCCCCGAUUAUGAAGUGAUCUAUAUGUUUCCUUUUGUCAAACAAGCUUGUGGUCUAAAUGUUGUAAAAUAUCGAUUUACUAUGUUCAUUGGGGCAGCCACACCAGUAAUCAUUGGAUUUCAUUUGACCAACUUCUUGCCCUUUGACGUAACUAGUACAUCAAUAACAGUUGGAAUUCUAACAACAAUGUGGCUGCAUGUUCUUGGAUUUUUAUGCAAUAAUCUCAUAGGAUGUGUAUACUUGAAAUUGGAUGAAAAAAAAGUGAUAUUAUCUUAUAUAGACUAUUGGGGAAAGAGGAUAGACUUGAAAGUUUCUUUCAAUGAAAUUUAUCCCAUGUCAGAUAACUCGAUCAGUAUUACUGAUCCUUUAUACAAAAAGAUAAUGCUGACUUCACAAACGGAGAUCUUAAAAAUAAAUAUGAAGUUUGGACAAAUAAUCGAUGUUGACAAAUUUAGAUGUAUUCUAGGAAUGGCUUAA